AUGUCUGAUCGUCGCGAGAUUAUUAUGUUGGAUAAACGAAGAAACCACAACCGCGAAGCUAUGAGAAAACUGAUAAAUUCAGAACAAAAAAAGUGUUGGGUUACAGUAGGCUCUGUUCUUAUUAAACAUGACCUGCAAUCUACAAAGUCACUACUUGAAGCUGAUCAAAAUCAAUUAGACAUAGAUAUAAACAAACUCCGCUGUGAUCUGAAAGUUAAAAUAAAUAAUCUACGAGAUAUGGAAAUGCAACCCCCUGUGCCUGGCUUACUGUUAGUUCCAAUGAAUCAAAAGGAGACCCGGAGUCUGACAAGUGCUGGAUUACUGUCAUAA